AAAAUUUCCAAACAAAAUCUGAGAACUACAAAAUAUGAAUAAUCGGAAAGACAUAUCAAUGGAAAAUUUGUCCAAAAUGUCUGAAUCAAAAGACACAAAUUUUAUCUAAAACAUUACAGAGCGCUUAGGUUGACAUAGCUCUCUUUGUCGCACACGAUCAAAUUGACUGUAAACUUUGCAAUUAAAGGGUGAUAUGGCAGACGAAUACAAAGUGAUUCGUUGGGGGUAUCCUGUGAAAACCAACUCAGAUGAAUGCGUAAACUUUAUUGAUGCUUACUUCCAACAGGUGUUGUACUAUGGGGCAGACAGGCAUAUCAUUUUGAAAGCAGGAGAAGCAGAUGGAGAAUGUGUUCUCGCCAACACUUUGAUCGCCUUCUUCUUGGCUUUCAAAGCACACAAGGAUGCCUUAUUCCAUCUCCACGCUGCCCAAUGCAAACUGGGUGUGGCAACUGUGUACGAGAAGAUGGUUUUUAAAGCGGUUUCCAGUUGGGUAGAAGCAAAAGAGCCAGAAGCUACACUCGAUUUGCAUUCUCAGCUUCUGAAGGACUUCCCAAAAGACUUGGCAUCACUGAAAAGAGCCCAGGUUCUUUGCUUUUACAUUGGCCGACCAGAUUUUUCUCUACAGCUUGUGGAACAGGUUUUGCCAGAAAAUCAAGAUGAAAACUACAUAUAUGGGAUGCUUUCAUUUCCUUUAUUGGAGGUUGGGAGAAUGAGAGAUGCAGAAUUGGCAGCAAGGAAAGGCUUGGCAAUCAAGAGUGAUGACCCAUGGUCUCAGCAUGCGUUAUGCCAUGUGUUUCAACAUGAAUGCCGUUUUAAUGAGGCUGUCCAUUUUAUGGAAACAUGUGCUGAUUCAUGGAAUGCUUGCUGUUCAUUCAUGUACACUCAUAACUGGUGGCAUCUAGCAUUGUGUUACUUGGAAGGUCAUGCACAUUUAAGUAAAAUAUUUGAUAUAUAUGACUCUCAUAUCUGGGCUGCCUUGCAACAAAAUAAUGUUGACUCUCCUCAGGUUUACUUGAAUGCUCUAGGUUUGCUCCUGCAUGUUCAUGUUCGUGGAAAUUCUACUGAUAUCCAUGAUAGAAUGAGAGAUCUUGUGGUUUGCCUUAUGGAUCAAUCAUCAUGGCAUCAAGAAUGGCUCCUAGAUCUAUUGGCAACAUGGGCAUUUGCAUAUGCCAAUGCAUUUUCUCAAGCAGAUCAAUUGCUGAAGGGAAUGAAGGGCAGGGUCAAUGAAAUGCAAGGAAAGAGGAGAGAAAGUAUGCAAAGAGUAUUACUGCUUGCAGAAGCCUUGUAUCAAUAUGGAAAAGGUGACUACACCCGAGCAUAUGACACACUUGGACCAAAUUUCAAUGUACUUGAAUACAAGGUGAUUGGUGCAUCUGAUGAGCAACUUGAUGUGUUUGAAGAAGUGUGGUGUGUCAUUUUAAUUAACUCGGGCCACAUUUCACAAGCAAUACAAGCUUUGGAACGAAGGGUAGAAAUAAGGAGCGGAGUCCCCUUUACAUGGCGUUUAUUGGUAAGAGAUGGGUUUUGAUUGGAAAUUUAUAUC